AUGCCCCGAAUCGCGCCAUCUGUAGAGGUAUCUGGUGGGUUUCGCGUCGAGAAGUUCGGCACACCGGAGCUGGAGAGAGAUGAGGAAGCACUGCCGAUCGGCUACACAGCUCAAGCCCCAGCGGCACUGCGCAGGGGUGAAUCGGACAUCGAGAGGUUCGCCAUCAAAGACUCACUUGGCCAAGGGCCCAAGUCGCGCUUGUUCUCCGCGCAAGACCCUAUAUCGGAAGUCGAUGUUGCGCUCAAGGUCGUCCCGGUCGCAAAACUUAGUGCUCAGGAGCGCAAGCAACUUCGCCGGGAGGUUCUCAUACAGUCCUCCCUGUCGCACACGGGAAUUUUGGCGCUGUACGGUGCGUUGCGCACUGCUAGCCACUACGUCAUGAUCUUAGAGCUCGCCCGGAAGGACCUGCGCACCGUGCAAGCCAGACGCGCCAUGGCACGCGCCAAGCAGGUAGACCAGGGCGGAGCAGUGCGGCUCGAGAUGGAUGCGCGCGAGGUGACGUGGGUCAUGACGACCGUCGCAGGCCCGCUCGCCGAGGCCCUCGAGUACCUCGCGACGAGGAACGUGAUCCACCGCGACUUGAAGCCGGAAAACAUUUUGAUCGGGGGUGACGGAUACCUCAAGCUGUGCGAUUUCGGAUACGCGAUCGUCCCGUCCGACCAGCAGCGGCCAGUCACGCGACUCGGCACCGUCGAAUUCAUGGCGCCCGAGGUGGUCACGUCCGGCGUGCACCCAACAACAGGCAAUGUCUUGCCGCGUGACCUGCGCACACCAUACGGCUUCGCGUGCGACGUGUGGUCAUACGGCGUUACGAUCUUCGAGCUGCUUCACGGCAUCACGCCAUUUGGCCACUUGCAAACUCGACAGGAAAUCUUGCACGCCGUCUCCAACGACGCAACACUGCUCAUACAGGAGAAGAUGUCACCGGACCUUCCGCGGCACGUGCAGGCGCUGCUCCGUGCGUGCCUCCAACCGGACGCGCAGGCGCGACCAAACUCGGCAGAUCUUUUCACUCGCUUUUUUUUUACUCGCGCCAGCGACAGCUUCCAUGGCACUGCGUCUCAAAUCGGGACAGUGCAGCCCAGCACGCCUCUUCUCUCGUCGGCCUCGCGUUCGAGCACGAAGACGGUCAGGAUUCUCUCCGUCGCACAGCGCGCGUCGCGUUACCCAGGGCGCAGCUUUACCGACGCGGCAUCGUCGGCUGGGUCGGGCCACAGCGGUGCAAGUGGUGCAUCCGGGCGCAGCCGGCUCGCAGUCGUCACGAGCCGUCAACAAGUUCGGGUCGACAACAGACAAAACGCUCCCGGCUGCAUUGCACGGAUAUUUGCGUGCUUCGGAGGCCGGACGCGCGAAGCGAUUCACCCACGGGAUGGCGCACACAACCUCACGCGCGGGGCGAUCUCCGAGCGCCUGCGCAAGGCAUGGGACGCCAUCAGUGCGCAUGGGAAGACCUCGAACUUGUCGGGGCGCAGCGCGAACGGUCUAUUCCCGCACCGUAACGCGGAGAACACUUCCGUCAUGUCGAUACAAUGGGAGACGAAAGCGGCCGUCGAGGCACGCUUCGCGGGCGGUGUGUGCGCGGUGCAUCCAUCGAUGACGGAUGUGGCGCAGAAAGGCACUGCGGCGCUGCAGGACCGGAGGCGUCCUUCGCGCGUCAGCUUCAAAGAUGGCCCUCCUGGUGAACGGAGCAGUCAUGUCGGGCGCGCGUAA